AUAAUGAAAAUUAAAAAUGAGUUUGUUUUUUUUUAAUACAGACCUAUGAGUGGUUUAGCUAAAUAUGUAAAACCGACUGGGGUCAUCCCACUGGUUUGGAAUCGAACACUAAAUUAACCUUAGCUACACAAUAGAAGACACGACAGAGACGGUGGAUACGCAUCUUAAUACUACACCUCUCAUGUGGAAGAACUGAGAAGCUGUCUCCAGUUACGUCUCCGGAGGCUCAACAGAGCUGACACAUUGACUCCUGACACCAAGGGCCACCGCUGUUUGCUGUUUUAAACCGUUCUCGUUAGCUAACACAAGUAUGCCCAGCACAUUAGGGAGAAGUGACUUGCCACCCACAAAAACAAUCGUCGUCUACAGGAACGGAGAUGCCUAUUUUCCCGGCAGGAAAGUAGUUGUGAAUCCGCGGCACGUGCCAUACUUUGACAACUUUCUGACAUCUCUGACCAAAGGGAUUGAAGCACCUUUUGGCGCUGUGAGGAGGCUCUACACCGCCACACAAGGCCACCAAGUUCACCAUCUGGAUGACCUUCAGCACGGGAGUGUGUAUGUCGCGGCCGGAAAUGAGGCGUUCAAGAAACUGAAUUAUUGUGAAAUAGCAGCCAAGAAGCCACAGAAUAAGAAAAAAGAACAGAUCCAACCUGUUGUUCACAGCAGGAUAGUAGUUUCUGCCCGCUGGAAGAGAACUGCUGAUGAGUCUUGCACAAUAAAUGUCUUCACCAACGGAGAAGUGCUGCUUCCUCCGGCUCGAAUACGGAUCCCAAAGUAUACCCUUAGAAGCUGGGAAAACGUUUUAGCUAUGGUGACAGAGAAAGUGCGUCUUCGCACGGGUGCUGUUUUCAGGCUUUGCACAUUGAACGGACGCCCUAUCUCCGGUCCCACUGAACUGGAGAACAACCACUACUAUGUUGCAGUUGGUUCAGAAAAGUUUAAGGCUCUCCCAUAUUACCAGUGUGUCCCCAGGAGGGAUUUGCUUAGGGAAAAUAACAUGACUGAAGGCCAAGACAUCCUGCCCAGUACCAAAAUCAAAAGAUGUGCAAAGAAUGCGACAAGCUCUGGAGAAGACCUUGAGCACACAGCCAGGGGCCAGACAAAGAAACUCACAGCCAAGGCAGAGAGAACCAAACAACGAGGGCAGGUGUCCAAGAACCCAGUUCUCUUCCCCCCAGUGGAGGGCAGCGUGUUCAAUGCACAAAACAAAAGGAGUGAGAUGGCAGGAGCAGCAGAGGUGCAGGAAGACCGCCAGUUGAAGGUGGAUCUGCCAAUUGAUCAGGUUGAGGCCAAGAUAGUUGAAGAGGAGUAUGAAGAUGGGAAUCGUUGUGCGAGUUCCUGCAAGGCCUCGCUCCGUGAUUCAGAUGACUCGAGUAUGCAAAGGUCUUACACCACAGAUUCCGGGAAAAAUCUGAUUUAUGUUUUCCAGGAGGCUAAAGAGAGGGAGGCGUCUUCCAAGCUCGGCAGAAUACGGUCGCAGAUGUCCCGGUUUUUCAAGGGAAGAAAACUGAAACUUCAACAUUAGUUGUUUAGAUCUGCAUGAGAUUCACUCCAGAGAAUAAGAAGGACCAAAGGCUGUGUGUUAGAAAUCAGCCAUUGUGAUGUGAAAGAGGCAUCUGUGUGUGAUCUUCGCAACACUUGAGACGACAGGCUCUGUGAAGUGCACCACUGCCCAGUUACACAUGAGCUUUGAUUGCUAGUUUGUUCUGUGCGUGGCCCCGCAGCUUUGAACUGUGUCUCAAGAUGAAAGCCAACCUUGUCCACAGUAUGUCCACUGCAGACCGCUGCUGUUGCUUAUUUGCUUCAGGCAUGAUCAAGGGCUUUGGGACUAUUCUUUUUUACAGUUCUUUACCAUACUGCAUUAUGUAUAAUUUAUCAUACAGUGGAUCCUGAGACAGCACCCUGUCUCCACUCCAUUUUAAUUUAAAGCCUCUUCUCUCUUUCCGUAUCUUGCAUUGACUGUGGUCAGUGUAUGAUACUACUCAGGUAUGUCUUUGUUGUGUCCAGUUAACAGACUUUGAAAUUUGUGGCAUUUGAGCAUGACCACAAAAAAAGAAAACCUCAGUGCCUUUUCUCUCUCUCUCUCUUGUCCUCUCU